AUUGUAACCCCGUGGAUGGACAAUGGCAACAUGUCUGGAUUUAUCAAGGCUAGAAUUCUGAAGUUGCAGGAUUCUAUUCGCCUACUGUACGAAGUCGCCCAAGGACUGGCUUAUCUGCACUCUCAAUCUAUUGUCCAUGGAGACCUGCGAUGCAGUAACGUCCUUAUUGAUGCCGCAGAGCACGCCCAACUCGCCGAUUUCGGCCUCUCGCUUAUGAGUGACGGCGCAGAGUUCUCCGUCAGCAGCACUGUGGGGUCUCUGCGUUGGGCAGCACCUGAACUAGUCCAAGUUCAACACAUAACUCGGAAUUUUGCGACAGAUGUGUAUGCCUUCGGGUGCACCUGCCUCGAGGUACAUGCUCCAUGA